UGAUAUCAAAUUGCCCAAUACACCCAAAAAUUUAAUACGCAACUACCAUUCAGAAUUAAAAGAACAUUCAACAUGUCUACAAGUGUCUUAUGGAUUGCGCUGGCAACGAGUUUUCUUAGCACUGUGCUCUGUGCGGGAGAUCAAUGUGGAGAUUGUGCCCCUACUGGUAACAGAUACGCCUGUGUAGACGAAUUUUCCUAUGGAUUUUGUUUCAAUAUGGGCUUUGUUCAUUUAUAUACCAUCACUUCAUGUCCUGAUGAUUUUUACUGCACUGUUGAUGGUACUUACUGCUCGCCCAUUCAAAGCUCUACGCCUUCGUGUGUGCUUACUUCGUCAACGCAAUCUACGGAUACCACAGAAACCUCUACACAACAGUUUACAGACUCCACUGAUACUUCAAUGCCAACUUCCACUGAAUCCUCCACAAUUCAAUCUACAGACUCCACUGAUACUUCAAUGCCAACUUCCACUGAAUCCUCCACAAUUCAAUCUACAGACUCCACUGAUACUUCACUGCCAACUUCCACUGAAUCCUCCACAAUUCAAUCUACAGACUCCACUGAUACUUCAAUGCCAACUUCCACUGAAUCCUCCACCAUGCAAUCAACAGACUCCACUGAAACUUCAACACCAUCCACAGUUUGGACGGAUUUAAGCACACCAGAUUCAACAGCCUGGACAGAGACAACUCCUACUACAGAGUUGCCUCAAAUAGAUCCAAACCUAUUUUGUGAGGGUAAGAAUAAAGGAUAUUACUGUGUAGAGCUAACAUGUAAUAGAUAUGUAUAUUGUUACACUUUAUCUAAAGAGUAUUACGGUUGGCUUUAUUAUUGUGACACUAACGCAUAUUACAGUUUUGAACAAAAUCGCUGCGUGAAUAAAUAA